CCAUAAUUGCAGCUCAGAAACGCUUGAGGAAGUGCAAUCAACCAAAUUGCAACUUGCUGCUGCAUUGAAGAAUUGUUCUUCCGUUCCAGAGAUAUGCCAAAAUAUUACUGUGAUUACUGUGACACCUUCUUGACGCAUGACUCACCAUCUGUUCGAAAAACUCAUAACGGUGGCCGAAAGCAUAAGGAAAACGUGCGAAUGUUCUAUCAAAAGUGGAUGGAAGAGCAGGCGCAAAAAUUAGUGGAUGCUACUGCGCGAGCAUUUACGCAAGGACGUAUGGGUAGUAGUCAAGGAGCUGCCCCUCGAAUGCCCAUGACAGUAGGUGGACCCAGACCACCGAUCAUGGCACCAGUUGGCGGUCCAGCGGUUCGAGGUCCAGUGCCAUUUCCUUAUCCACCAAUGGGUGCUCCGAUGGGACCGCCAAUGAUGAUGAGGCCACCGUUCAUGAUGCCGACUGGACCGCGUCGCGAGAUGCGAUAAUAGUUUUAUUCCUGUUCAGUUAUUUAUGGGAAGUGAUAAUACCUUUGUUAUGCUUUAAAUAUUCUAACCAGAUCUGGCAGAACAACAGAUCUGCUGAAAUUAUUUGGGAGGAAUAGUAGCGAUUGUUCAGUCC